AUGAAGGCCUCCUUCGCAUUUGCAGCGGCUGCUGCAGUCGCCGUCAACGCCGCGGCCACCCCAGCGCGCAUCGAAGCGCGAGCAUCUGAAGCCAGCUCUGGCUCCCUCCCUGCGGUCACAGUCAAGGGCAACGCUUUCUUUGCAGGCAACGAAAGGUUCUACAUCCGGGGCAUCGACUACCAACCCGGCGGCUCGUCGGACGCAGCAGAUGGGUCCGACCCGCUGGCUGAUGUGCAGGCGUGCACGCGUGAUAUCGCCAAGUUCAAGGAGCUGGGCGUGAACACUGUGCGUGUGUACACGGUGGACAACAGCAAGAGUCACGACCAGUGCAUGAGCAUGCUGGCGGAUGCUGGGAUUUACCUGGCGUUGGACGUCAACUCGCCGAACUACUCGCUCAACCGUGAGGAGCCGGCGGGUUCCUACAAUGAUGUUUACUUGCAGUCGGUGUUUGCGACGAUCGAUGCGUUCCACAAAUACAGCAACACGCUGCUGUUCUUCUCGGGCAAUGAGGUCAUCAACGCAGAUAACAACACCAACUGCGCCCCUUACAUCAAGGCCACCACCCGCGAUAUGAAGUCGUACAUCAACUCCAUGGGCUACCGCAAGAUUCCCGUCGGCUACUCCGCCGCCGACGUCGAGAGUAACCGCUACGACCUCGCCACGUACAUGAACUGCGGGACCGAAGACCAGCGCAGCGACUUCUUCGCCUUCAACGACUACUCCUGGUGCGACCCGGAUUCGUCCUUCACCAUCUCCGGCUGGGACGCCAAGGUCAAGCAAUACGGCGACUACAGCAUUCCUCUCUUCCUCUCCGAAUACGGCUGCAUCGAGAACAAGCGCAACUUCGAAGAAGUCUCCACCCUCUACUCCUCGCAAAUGACGUCCGUCUACUCCGGCGGCCUCGUCUACGAGUACUCUGAAGAAGGCUCCGGCUACGGCCUCGUCACCAUCUCCGGCAACAGCGUCAAGCCCAAGUCCGACUUCAACUUCCUCAAGCAACAAUUCGCCAAGACCCAGUCGGGCGGCGACGGCGGCUACAAGUCCUCUGGUUCCCCGAGCGAGUGCCCGAAGCGCAGCAGCACGUGGGAGGUCAAGGAUUUCCUUGGACCGGCUCUCCCGAGCAUGCCAGAGGGCGCGAAGAAGUAUAUCGGCAAGGGUGCGGGCAAGGCGCCGGGUCUGCAUGGCGAUGGCAGCCAGUGGGCUACUGACGGCCAGAGCCAGGGGACUGCGGUGCCCGGGUCUGGUGCGGUGGCGAGUGGCAGUUCGUCUUCGGCUUCUGGUGCGGCGAGCAGUGCCACGGCGGAGGGUGCGGCCAGCAGUGUGUUCAGGGGUGAUGCGACGUUGAUGCCGUUUUUGGCUUGUGGCGCGACCGUGUUCUUUAGCAUGUUCUUCGGUGCGGCGAUGUUGUAA